CUUCUGGGGAGCGUCGUUGCUAUCGACGCACCGUCGCUGCUUUGUGUGUGCUGGGACGAGGGCUGAGGGCUGGCUUGCGGUAGAGACGUUAUCGCACGCCGUGGCCAGUCGACGAUGGGGCUGCCCAAGGUGCUUGGUGCCGCGGCUGGAUGCAGGGCCGGGGGGCGGGCUAUAGCAGGCGUGAGGGCGAUGAGGGUGCACGCUGGGAAGAAUGGCGGGCGUCGAACAUGCCAGAGACGUGUGAAAGCGUCGUGGUCGCCGGGUCGAGGCAGGCGAGUUGAGAUCACACUUGUUGCGGAGUCUGUGGUGAGAAGCCGGGGCCUGUGCGGUCCACAUGGAGCGUCAUUCGUUCAAUCUUCUCGCGGCACGCCAGUCGACCGUCUCUCUUUCGCGUCUCGCGCCCAACUUCAAACUCGACCUUACUAACUGGCCCUACUACACUCGACUACACCGUGCCAGCCUCCGUGCCCGGCUCUAUUUCACGGCCAUCGCCCUCACCUCCAACGCUGCAAC